AUGUCAAAAUCAUAUUCUCUGCUUGGAGGACUACUUGUGUCUGGUUUCAACAAAGAUUCUUGCAUGAGUAGAUACCAAUCUCAACCUUCACCGUAUAAACCUUCUUUGUAUCUCCUUUCAAAGCUUAGAGCUUAUGAAGAGCUUCACAAACGAUGUGGACCAGGAACCAGACCAUAUACCAACGCUGAAAGACUGCUUAAACCGAAACAAAUCGGUGAUUUAGACUCAGAAGGAUGCAAGUAUGUUGUGUUGAUGGAGUUUAGUGGAUUAGGCAACAGGAUUAUAAGUAUUGCCUCAGCGUUUCUGUGUGCAAUGUUGACAGAUAGAGUCUUGGUCGUUGAAGGAGGAGAGCAGUUCGCUGAUCUAUUAUUCUGGGAACCGUUCCUAGACACCACUUGGUUGUUACCAAAAGACUUCACAUUAGCUAAUCAGUUUAGUGGCUUUGCUCAAAACUCAGCUCAUUUCCAUGGAGAUAUGCUGAAGAGGAAACUGAUCAGUGUCUUGUCUCAUCUUUACAUCCAUCUAGCUCAUGACUACAACGACCAUGACAAAAUGUUCUUCUGUGAAGAAGAUCAGAGUUUACUAAAGAGUGUGCCGUGGUAUCACUUGGGUCGUUACCUUUUCCAUCCUUCAAACAAUGUGUGGGGACUAAUCACAAGGUACUACUAUAAAGCUUACUUAGCCAAAGCUGAUGAGAAGAUAGGUCUUCAGAUAAGAGUCUUUGAUGAGAAAACAGGUGUAUCUCCACAAGUCACAAAGCAGAUCAUUUCUUGCGUUCAAAGCCAAGAAGUGUUACCAAAACUGAUCAAACCAGGAGAAGAACAAAAGCAGCCAUCAGAAGAGGUUAAACUCAAAGCUGUGUUGGUCACUUCUUUAACAACAGGAUUUGAGAUCUUGAAAACAAUGUACUGGGAGAAUCCAACGGUAACUAGAGAUGUGAUUGGAAUACAUCAGCCAAGUCACGAAGGACAUCAAAGCUAAUGCAUAACAGGAAAACUUGGGGCAAUGUACUUAUUGAGCUUGACUUAUAAGUUGGUUAUUAGUGCUUGGUCUAUUUGGGUUAUGUAUAAGCAAGAGAAUCAAACCGAUAUGAUGAAUCCUCCUUGUGGUAGAGCUAUGUCACCAGGUCCUUGUUUCCAUGCUCCUCCUUACUAUUAUGAUUGCAAAACAAAUAAGCGAUCUGACACGGGUGACGUCGUUAAGCACGUGAGAUACUGUGAGGAUAUAAGCUGGGGAUGGGGACUUAAGCUUGUUGACAACUCAUAACUUGAAGACAAAACAGUGUAAAGUUUUUUUUUUUAAGACAGUGGAUGAUCAUGUUUGGACUAAUUCCCAAGAUGUUGAUGUUCUUUUAUGAGUGGUUUCUUUAGACAUAGAAUGAGCAUGUUGAGAGCUCUACAAGAAAUUCACCUUUCUCUCUCCUUCUUAUCGUCUCCCCCUUCCCGUCGCUUCUCCUUCUGAGUCAACUCGGUCGACCGGCGCGUGGUGGCUUGUUUAGCACCGGCGCCGGUUCCAAACCUUCAUUUUCUUUCAAGUUCUUUCUGUGGUAGUUCGGUGUGCGACUUAGGGUUCGUUUUGUGAGUGAUGUGCUUCUUCCAAAUCGACAUAUACUCUCAGAUCUGUGUAGAUUUCUUAGAUAAAAGCUCCGGAUCUUAUGAUUAACGGUGUGGUCUAGCUACAAAACCUGUUGUCUAAGAAUAUCUGUCUAGAUCUGUGUAGUUUUGUUGAUUUUGCAUAUCCCUCUUGCUUUCGGUUACGUCUUCACAUUUACAGGUUUCAGUUGUGUUGUUAGAGUUUGCUAUGGAUCCCGUCUAAUCCAUCCUUCUGCCGUUUGUGGCCUGUGCGUGUUGUUUAUGGAUUGGUGGGCUUGGCUCAUAGUUGUUUGUUCAGAUCUCGUGGAGAUUUGUUGUGUGGCUUCAUACCUAGGCGUUCAACAGUCGCGUUCGACUAAGCCGUUUCCGGGGGUUUGGUGAUUGAAUCGAAGGAGGUUCUCGCUUGCCGGUCUAUGGAGUUCGUGUUGCUUGGUUCUUGAGGAGUGUCCUCGUUGUUUCUAGGAGAAAGUGGUUUUGCGGUGGUUUGGCCGAGGGCAAUCCCGCUAAACAGUCUCAUAGGUUCUCUUGAUGCCUGCCAUACCUGUUCGGCGGAGAGUAUUACCGCUAGCUUGAAACCUAAUUGCUUAGCUUAAGUUUGUAGUUUGUACUCGCCCUUUAAUGUUGGGUUCGUUUGGGCAUUUGCUUCCCCUGCGUGGGAUCUCGUUUCCGAGGAUAUUUCUUUAUCCGUCAGCUUAGCUAACCACGAAUUAAUCAUGUGUUCGUUGGUCUUUGUUGGUGUUGUAUCAGUUGUUGAUGAAUAUCUAUAAAAUCAAUCUUUGACGGGAAAAAAAAA